AUGGGUAUUAUUAUCACUGGAGGAGUGCCAGGAUUAGUAGAGCCUCCAGAGACUGAUACGUGCAAUAUUUUUUGGUCUGAUUUUGGCACAUUAUCAGUGUUUCCAGGGAAAAUUCAUUGUUUUAUUAUUUUUAAUUCUCCAUCAAAGACUGAGCCAAUGACUUCUCUUUUACCCUCCUGAAUAUUAAUGAUAGAAAAUUGACUUUUUUGGCUAUAUUUCUGCAUUAAAUAUCUUAUUUCUUCAACUGUCACUGGCUCCGUCGUGCGAUUAAAUAAAUAUUGUAAUAAAUUUUCAGUUGAUUUGAAUAAAUAA